GUCAGUUCGGGAUUAGUGUCCGCGAGGGGGACACGUCGACGAUACGCUCCGGGGCAUCGUCGCGUGCGGUAGGGUAUCGUCGAUUGCGACGGUCGGUCGGCGGGGCCGACGGCGGCUCGUCGGGCGGUUUUCGCGAGUCGGCUCGGACGAGGACUGGUGAGGAGUGCGGACGGAAGGUGAUAUGGUGGACUUGGUGUGAGAAGGACGGUGAGAUGAUUGAGUGAGAAGUGGAGGCAAAGCACAGUGCUGAGAGCUCCCGCUGAGCAACUGUUCAGAGAGUGAACGAUCGGUGCCCUCAAACUUUGCGUCUAGUGAGUUUAUCAGUGAUUCGAAGACGGUAUACCGGAAUCCAUUUAGCCGUAUCUCCUAAAAACUGUGAAUUCCAAACUCUAAACGUACGAUAUCAAACUAUCACCGUCAUUUGCGAAUUUAAGUGGACCUUCUCUGGCCAGACUCAGUGAAUACGGACUAUCGAGACGUGCGCUCUUCUGGCCUCACCAUGAAGACCCCGGAGCUGCUUCUUCUGGCCUUCCUCGUCUCUCCCGGUUUCUCCGAGCCCGCUCGAGGUGGUCGCUCUUUCAUGCUCUUCUCUCCAAAGAUGCCACCACCACCGGCCGAUGCCUGCAUGGACGAAACAGUCCGCCAGCCGCAGAGAUGCGUGCCUGACUUCGUGAACGCCGCAUUCGGUCAACAACUCAGCGUAUCUUCUACUUGUGGAUCUCAGCCCGAGCAGCUGUGUACAAGAGCUGACGGCGAGCCAGCGGAAUGUCAAAUCUGUGACGCGUCAACACCAGCACGUGCUCACCCUCCUUCACAUCUGACUGACCUCAACAACCCGAGUAAUUUAACCUGUUGGCAAAGCGCUGCGCUGCCGGUAAACGACUCAGCCGUCACGCUUACUCUCUCGCUUGGAAAGAAGUAUGAGUUGACAUACAUCAGCCUACAGUUUUGUGGGAGGCGACCUGACUCACUGGCUAUCUUCAAGUCUAUGGAUUAUGGUCGCUCGUGGCAGCCGUUUCAGUACUACAGCUCGGAUUGUCGUGGGGUAUAUGGUCGUCCUGAACGAGCGGCCAUCACGCGUGCUAACGAACAGGAACCUCUCUGUGAGCCAACGCCAAUGUCUGGAGGUCGGGCCGGAGGAAGAGUUGCGUUCAGCACGUUAGAAGGCCGUCCAAGCGCCUAUCAGCUCGAACACAGUCCUAUUCUCCAAGACUGGAUCACUGCCACGGAUAUCCGUGUUGAGCUAACCCGACCUCACCCGACACCAUCUUCAGCCGGGUCUCUGAACCUGCUACCGUCAGUUAUGAGCACGACACCACGCUCCGGCCCUGACUCAGUUGCCGACAACACCAUCUCCCUGCUGGACUCCUACACUUCAGAGACGACUUCCGAGACGGGUAGCGAUUUUUACGCCAUGUCCGACCUCUCUGUCGGCGGCCGCUGCAAGUGUAACGGGCACGCAUCGCGCUGCAUUCGAGACGGCUCCGGAGAGCUGGUCUGUGAGUGUAAGCACAACACGGCGGGAAGAGACUGCGAGAGAUGCAAACCGUUCCACUUUGACCGGCCCUGGGGACGCGCCACCGACCAGGCGGCCAACGAAUGUAAAGCCUGCAACUGCAACCUGCACGCCCGCCGCUGCCGGUUCAACAUGGAGCUGUACAAGCUGUCCGGCCGGGAGAGCGGCGGUGUCUGUCUGAACUGCCGUCACAAUACGGCCGGCAGGCACUGCCACUACUGCAGGGAGGGCUUCUUCCGGGACCGCAGCCGGCCCAUCCAGCACAGGAAGGCCUGCAAACCCUGCGCGUGCCACCCAAUCGGCGCACAGGGCAAGACGUGUAACCAGACAACGGGUCAGUGCACGUGUAAGGAUGGAGUGACAGGAUUAACGUGUAACCGGUGCGACAAGGGAUACCAGCAGAGCCGUUCGCCGAUUGCACCGUGCAUUAAAAUACCGGAGGUGGCACAUGGAGGCUCCCGGCGGCGACCCAACCACCACAAGGAGCCCAAAGAAGAUAAAUGUGGCAGAUGCCGAAUAACAAGCCGGAAAGUGAACGCCAAGAAGAUGUGCAAACGAGAUUAUGCGCUCCUGGCUCAGGUGGUGGACCAGCAGGUGCUCAACAGCUACGUCAAGUACGUCAUCAACAUCCAGACAGUGUACCGCCGCUCCCCGCAGUGGAAGCUGCGCCGCGGCACUAGCUACCUGCUCGUGCGCAGGAAGGACAUCAGCUGCAACUGCCCGAAAAUCAAAAUCAACAGCAAAUACCUGAUUCUGGGCGCGGACCCGCAGCGACGCUCCGGCCUCAUCGUCAACAAAAAGAGCAUUGUCCUCGAGUGGAAGAACAACUGGUCUCGGCGCAUGCGCCGAUUGAGAAAGCGCGCGCGAAAAGUGUGUCGCCGACGGGACUGAGCACACUCGCCACAAACAGGCCGAGUUCAGAGAGCUUUACCGUAGACGGACGCGGCGUGGGCGGCGCCGAAACCGCCGCUGAUGCGCCAGGCUCGCCGCAGACGGAGUUGGGCAGCCCGGCAGCCGUCUAUUUAUUACGCAGCUAAGAGCGGUUGUGUGGUGGAGCGCGGGCCCGUCAGGUCGUGUCAUGUGACGAGGCAGGUCAUUGGUGUAGAUUUAUGUAACCCGCUAGUCUUAUCUGGUGUCAAUGUGCCAUCCUUUGGUGUUGUAGACUCUAGCUGUAUUGCUGUCAAACGCUGGAGUGUGUUCCGUAAGCACGGAAUGGUACGGAACUUGAGGCGAUGGUGUUGCCACCUAUGCAGGCGACACAGGCGACAGUGCUGCCAUCUGGGUAGGUUUAACGACUCGAUGUGGCUCGCUGUCGCGAGGUUGUGCGCUGCGUUGUGCGAAGGACUUGAACGACUGUUGUAUCCGUUAUUUCGGAUAGUGACAGCGCGGAUAUCUCGCGGCGCAGGAAGGAAUGAUCUGCCAUCACGCGGGAGCACCAAGACGGUGUCCGCCUAACAGUGUACAUAACAGAGCCGCGAUCUUCUAACAUUCCUUUCUCCGUGUACCACCGGUCACACGUGCGCGGCACGUGCCACGUGUACCCUGUUCCACGGAGUUCCCCACGUGGUUCUCGACGUGUAAGUGGAACUCUAAUUCGUACGCCCUUUCUGAUAGCGUCCCUUUGAGGACGAAUCCACUUGUAAUACCUGUACGUGUAUUCUCUCGUGGUUCGUUAUUUGGGCAGAAGCGUAUCAACGCUUCUAACUCGCCUGGAUACGGGGCGAGAAUCUCCUUUGCUGAGGUUUUGCCCUCUCGAGAUGAUUUGAGAGGCUGAGUUCCGCGUAGUUUGGUGAAUCCUGCACAUAAUAAUGUAUUUGGCUUUCCGUAACGAUCAGUGGAAACUUCAUCGCAUUGUGAUAGAUCAAUCUAUACAGCUUUCUGUGUUG